AGAGGCAGGAGAGGCCACAGCAGAGGGAGGCCCCGCGUAGAGUUGGAACCAUCGCCCGGUGCGGGCCUGACCUUCCAGGGCCGGCGACUCCUCCGCAGAGCGACCGCGCGGGGUCUCAGAGCGCGGCCCGGAGCCGCACUAGGAGCGCUGGACGGCGGGAGAGAGGCUCGGAGGACGGGUAGCUCCCAGCAAAGCGGCCUAGCGGAUGUCGGGAGCUAUCUUCGGGCCCCUGGAGGGCCCGAGCUCCCUGGAUGCCCUGAGCAUCCACCCGCUGGUGUGCCCGCUGUGCCACGUGCAGUACGAGCGCCCGUGUCUUCUGGACUGCUUCCACGACUUCUGUGCCGGCUGCCUGCGUGGCCGCGCGACCGACGGCCGCCUCACCUGCCCGCUGUGCCAACACCAGACGGUGGUGAAGGGUCCCAGCGGGCUCCCGCCGGUGGACCGGCUGCUGCAGUUCCUGGUGGACAGCUCAGGGGAUGGCGUGGAGGCGGUGCGCUGUGCCAACUGUGACCUGGAGUGCAGCGAGCAGGACGUGGAGACCACGUACUUCUGCAACACGUGCGGACAGCCCCUGUGCGCGCGCUGCCGCGACGAGACGCACCGAGCACGCAUGUUUGCGCGCCACGACAUCGUGGCCCUGGGUCAGCGAAGCCGCGACGCGCCCCAGAAGUGCACGCUGCACGCAGAGCCCUACCUCUUGUUCUCAACCGACAAGAAGUUGCUGUUGUGCAUCCGCUGCUUCCGCGACAUGCAGGGGGAGAGCCGGGCGCACUGCGUGGACCUGGAAUCGGCUUACGUGCAGGGCUGCGAGCGGCUGGAGCAGGCGGUGCUGGCCGUGAAGGCCCUGCAGACGGCCACGCGGGAGGCCAUCGCGCUGCUGCAGGCCAUGGUGGAGGAGGUGCGGCACAGCGCCGCGGAGGAGGAGGACGCUAUCCACGCCCUCUUCGGCAGCAUGCAGGACAGGCUGGCAGAGAGGAAAGCGCUGCUGCUGCAGGCUGUGCAGAGCCAAUAUGAGGAGAAGGACAAGGCCUUCAAGGAGCAGCUCUCUCACUUGGCCACCUUGCUGCCCACGCUGCAGGUCCACCUGGUCAUCUGCUCCUCCUUCCUCAGCUUGGCCAACAAGGCUGAGUUCCUGGACCUGGGCUAUGAGCUGAUGGAGAGGCUGCAGGGCAUCGUCACACGGCCGCACCACCUGAGGCCUUUGCAGAGCAGCAAGAUUGCCAGUGACCACCGAGCUGAAUUUGCGCGCUGCCUGGAGCCGCUGCUGCUGCUGGGGCCACGUCGGGUGGCAGCUGCUACAAGUGGUGCUAACACGCUGGCAGGGGGCUUAGGCCCCAAGGUGCUGAUGGGGCCCCACUGCCCCUCCCCAGUAGGAAAGAUUUCGGGGUCACCCGUCCAAAAGCCCACGCUGCACCGGUCCAUCAGCACCAAGGUGCUGCUGGCAGAGGGUGAGAACAUGCCCUUCACAGAGCACUGCCGCCACUACGAGGACUCCUACCGGCACCUGCAGGCGGAGAUGCAGAGCCUAAAGGACCAGGUACAGGAGCUGCACCGAGACCUCACCAAGCACCACUCGCUCAUCAAGGCGGAGAUCAUGGGAGACGUCCUGCGCAAGUCCCUGCAACUGGACGUGCAGAUCGCCUCGGAGCACGCCUCCUUAGAGGGCAUGAGGGUCGUCUUCCAGGAGAUUUGGGAGGAAUCCUAUCAGCGAGUGGCUAAUGAGCAGGAGAUUUAUGAAGCCCAGCUCCAUGACCUUCUCCAGCUGAGGCAGGAGAAUGCCUACCUGACCACCAUCACCAAGCAGAUCACGCCCUACGUCUGCUCCAUUGCCAAGGUGAAGGAGCGGCUGGAGCCCAGGUUUCAGGCACCCGUGGAUGAGCAGUCAGACAGUCUACAAAACACGCACAACGACAGCAGGAACAGCGCAGCCUCAGCCAGGAAUAAUCCAGGAAGUGUCCCGGAAAAGAGAGAGAAGACAUCAGAACCUAAAGGAAACAGCUGGGCUCCAAACAGCCUCUCGGAAGAGCCUCUACUGAAAAAUAAGGAUCAUCACAGAUCCAAACAGAAAAAUGGGGGCGAUGUCCCCACAUGGAGGGAACACCCGACUUAGCAAAUGGGACCAGUCCCCAGGGUCAGACUCUUAGAGCAGGCACAAGACUGGGACACUGGAGAGAAGGUUGUUCCCAUGAUGGUUUAUUUUUUGAGACGGAGUUUCGCUCUUUGUUGCCCAGGCGGGAGUGUAAUGGUGCGAUCUCGGCUUACCACAACCUCUGCCUCCUGGGUUCAAGCAAUUCUCCUGUCUCAGCCUCCCGAGUAGCUGAAAUUACAGGCGCCUGCCACCACGCCCGGCUAAUUUUUUGUAUUUUUAGUAGAGAUGGGGUUUCACUAUGUUGGCCAGGCUGGUCUCAAACUCCAGACCUCAGGUGAUCCACCUGCCUCAGCCUCCCAAAGUGCUGGGAUUACAGGGGUGAGUCACCGUGCCUGGCCAAUGUUUUUUUUUUUUUUUAUAAGACAGAAUUUCACUCUUUGUUGCCCAGGCUGCAAUGGCGCAAUCUCUGGCUCACCGCAACCUCCAUCUCCCGGGUUCAAGCGAUUCUCCUGCCUCAGCCUCCCGAGUAGCUGGGAUUACAGGCAUGCGCCACCACACCCGGCUAAUGUUUUGUAUCUUUAGUAGAGGGGGUUUCUCCAUGUUGGUGAGGCUGGUCUCUAACUCCCAACCUCAGGUGAUCCACCCACCUCGGCCUUCCAAAAUGCUGGGAUUACAGGGGUGAGCCACCGUGCCAGGCCAGUUAUUUCUUUAAAAGGUAAUCAUUUCUCAAUAGUAAAACCCAGAAGCUCUGACAGGCCAUAAUUUCAGAUCCUUUGGCUUGGGCAGUUUUGAUUUUCCCCGUGUUUGCAUGGCAUGAAGUCUUCAUCCUUGUCACAGUAGCUUGGGAUGACUCCCAGUCCACAUGGAAAACAUCAGGGAGUGACAAUCCAGCAAGAAAUCCCUCGCUAGUUCCACACGUACGCACCGAGCAUGUGUGUGCCAGGCCCUGUGCUGGGCAGAGUGUGGUCUGUCAGGUAUGCCAGUUUUACGUACCAAGACUCCACCACUGAGUAGCACCUGCCCUGUCGCGAAGGAAUCCAGUAUCUCCGGAAUUACAGUCCCACUGUUAACCUGGUGCUACUGGAAAGUUCCACCCAGUAAUCUGAGCAGUGACUCAUGGAAGGAUGAGGAACCUUUGCUCCAGCCUCUCUCCCUUUCCAGCAAGGGCAGAGCUCCUAAAGCCAGGGGUUAGCACCUGGCCAGCUUAUGUGGCAGAUGGUCUCAGUCUCAGCUUCGCUGCUUUCCCAAACUCCUGCAGCCUUCCUGAGUCCGCCUUCCGUUGAUAGCAAAGCACUGGGUGACAGCAACCUUUUUUCUAGUAGUUUUUUCCCAGUUUUCCAUUUCUCCACAGUACCCUUUUCAUUUAGAGGAGCUUAAUAAAUGCUUUUUAAAAAGUAA